CCUCAGCCAAGGAAAAGCUAUCUUCCGCCACUGAGAGUGGAGGUCUGUGUGAUCCCCUCCCCAACAUUCAUUUUUUCCUAGAUCAAGUUCAAGUGAAAAUGUUUUAUCUUCCUGUAACAAACAGAAUGGUCCUCAAUCUCAACAUAUAGAAAAUUGAAAUUUAGAGUUAUCAAUAGUGAAAACCAUUGUCCGUUUUUCUAGCGUUCCCUCCGUGUGUUAUAUUAACAAGAAAGUUGUAUACUAGACAUGUGUGCUGACUGAUUGUCUUUACUAACUUUUCGAGCAUUAUUGUAUAUUUCUAGCUUUGAGAUUGAAUAAUUCCAUACAGAGGCAUAUAUAUAAUUCAAACUACUAGAAGAUCUUCAACGAGGAAUCUUUGUUUUUUACAUUCGAAACACAAACACGCGGUGUAUCUACUCAUCAUAUUGAUUUGCUUUCACCAUGGGAAAGAACAACAAGAUGGCUAAGACGCGAUCCUCUGCUCCCUCGUCGUCGUCGUCGACAAAGAAAUCUGACGCCAAGAAUGCGAAAACGGAUGAAAAGACCGUUGCCACCAGUGUGAUGAAAAACAAAAAGACGAAGAUGGCUGGUAAAAGCAAGAAAUCUGCUCGGAAGUCCGAGGAGGAGGAACUGAAGGAUCAGGAGGAUGGAUGCGUGGGAGAAGGAGUCGAUGUGGGGGAGGAGGUAUCUGUCAGCGAUCUUGUCAAGGAUUUCCGUGUCUCGCUGGGAUUUCCAAGUUGGAAGCAUGCGAAGUUUAAGGCUAAUAUCGGAUAACUCGUCGUCUUCGCAUGUUAUAAUUAGCUGUCUACUCAGCAGUAUUCUCCUUUGAUUCAUCUGAGAACAUGAAGGCAAAAGAUGAGCUAUUGCGAGCGCUAAGAAUUGCCGGGUGUGCAAUGUGAAGAUCGGGGAAGCGGCUAUUUGCUUCACAUUCGAGGACAUUUUAAGGCUGGGCAAUUAUGAUCACCUCCUUAUCGAAAAUAUGCUGAGUGAGUUGUAUCCCCGUAGUACUUAUCUCAAGGGCAUUCUAACCUUAAAUGAGGGACAGCAAGGGAUGAACCCACUCAGCAGCAACAGAUAGUCGUAGGAGUCGUAGUCAUUGUUUAGCUCUAAGCAUCGCCCGCUUGAGCGUGAAGGAAGCUGCGCUGCAACGCGCGCGCCAGGAGGAGCGCAAAAAGUCCGUCGCUGCUGCGAAGACAGCGCUAGAGAAGAAGCGGCAACUUAAAGCAAGCAAUCCGGAGGAAUACGAGAGAAGGUUCUAACGAUUGUUGGGGCUUUAAAUGUUGUCAAAGUCGGUAGAGCCCUUCUCGAUAAGUCCGCUCAACAAGAUUAGAGAAGUGUUAUGACUUGAACUUCUCGUCUUUCUACUCUACGGAAAAUGCGAGGAAGAUGAUGACGCGUCAGCCGUCUACUUAAUGGGCAUUUCGCUGUGGUUCUCGUUUCAGUCAUCAACUUGAACUCCUCCUCUUUCUACUCUAGGUGAUCGUGAGGUGUUGUUUAUUUCUAAGAACGCGCCCUCUUUUCGUAGUACUCUAGGUGAAGAUAAACACUCAGGUAUAAGCGAUUCCACUACCAGGGAUGCCCUUGCUGUGAAGCGAUGGGCAUCUCGCUGCCGGAGGACGAAUGGGGGGAUGCCGAUUAUCACUGUUCUUAUUCGGAUGAAGAAGAAGAAGAAGAAUACGACAGCCUUUCCGAAGAAGCCGCGCAGAUCGAGAGCGGCAUGAUCCCUAGCGAUUUUGGUAAUCUCGACUACCUCGACCGCCAACAAGAGGAUGGCCGCCUGCGUGGUCAGCACACUUAUGCCCUCCACCCGACGGCGAGGUGUCUGGGCUCUUGGCGGAGGGCGAACUGGUGGGAAGGCUAUAGGGCCAGGCUACCGACGUCUGCGGCUCUCCUGAAGGAUGUGCCAGCGCAGGCGCCAGCUGCUCCCCAACGUGGCAGAAUUAUGGCCAACGUGAUAGUGCAGAAGUAGAGCUUGCUCCUUUGUAUAAAUACGUAUGGUAUCUGACAUCAUGCCGCUUGAUACCUUGAUAUACUUAGAUUGGCUCUCGGAAAUAUUUGCUGAUGACUUCACGCGUAAAUCCUUCGGAUCGAUUCAACUUGAUUCUUAGUUCUGUACUAGUACUACGGUAUAAGGACGACUCUCCUUCUGUCCCUCUUCAGGACUCUCCUUCUGUCCAGUACUACGGUAUAAGGACUCUCCUUCUGUCCAUCUUCAUACUGGAAAGGGCACGCGGUCCUGCUCCUAUACUUGAAAUCAAACCGGCGAUGACGGAGAGCGAAAAGAAAGAGUUUCAGCUCGUGUGGGACGCCAUAGAAAGUGGAAAUGGAGAUCCGAGCAAGGUGGCAAGUAGUCUUUGUAUCACAGCUAGUGCAGCUUCCGCUAGUGCUGCAGUCACUGCCUCCGCUCUUACGGGCGCUGGAGCAGAUGGAAGUGCUCAAUCUUCAUCUUCGUCAUCCUCUUCGGGAAUAAAUCGCAGCGUUCUGUCAAACAGCAACUGGCAGAAGAUGCAACAGCAUGUGGAGAAGGUAAGGGGAAAAAACAAACCGGAGCUGUUAAGAAUGCUCAAGCAUAACGGGAUCGUGGGCGUGCAGACGUGUGCAAAGGCGCACAUCGUGGAUCUCGUCGCCGUCAACCAAACGCUUGGAGUUUAUGAAGGAGCAAGGAAAUCAAAACUGACAUUAUUUCACAGUAGACCCCAGGCUGGCUAUUGCACUCAAGGAAAUCACAACUGACGUUAUUUCACAGUAGAUCCCAGGCUAUUGCGUUAGUGCUUGUAUGAAAAAAAAAUCCUCAAAACGUGACCUCUUGUCAGGCACAUCAAUCACUCAAUCAUUCAUGUUCCUACUACGUAAUCUAGCUUUACUGUAGAAAAAGAACAAGGCCGCCUAGAAGAAGGCGUUUGGAAUUGAAUGGUGACAGCCAUCUCGCUCCCAGUCUGAUGUAGGUGUACUGGAUCAAUAUGGAUCAUACUCUUUUUGCAAAAGUAGUAGAAUAAACUCAUUCCCUUUUCUAGGUCGAGCUGUUUGCGUUCCUCCUUUUUUUUCAUACUCGGCUGAAGCAUUGUCCAAAGUGCAGGCGAGGACAGCUCGACUUCGAUUGGGCAACGGGUAAGGUGACCUGUCGAGGUUACAAGCGGGGAAUGACCGGCUGGGUGCACUGUGCGGGUCCAACAUUUUUAUGCUCUUGUAAAGUGUUAGCUUGAAAGGAGUAGGAGUAGAAAAGAAACGAGACUGAGAAAUGGCGUACUAGAUUUGGAUAGCUGUUUAUCCUUGUUUCGACAAGAUUAGAGUUUCAACUUCUUAUCUUGGCCUAUUGCAGUUUGAAGUUCGGUAUUCUAUCCUAUGAUUAGCAGUUCUAAAAGUUGCUGCUGGUGAAACGUGGCGCGAUCUGGAACGUACGGCGUGGAAGGAUGGCCUUGCGGCACCACCGGAGACUAGAGAAGCUGCGCGAGCACGAAAAGCGGCAAAUCCGUAUCGACCGGCCUAUAGUAGCAGCUUCUUCUACGACGACUACGAUCCCUUCGGUGACCCUUUUGAACCUUUUGGUUUUUUUUAGGACACUUCGGAAGAAUACCAGGUAGAAGAAAAAGAAGGCAUUUCAGAAGAGUACUGCAACUGUACGUAGAAGAAAAUUUCGGAGAAAUACUUGAAGAAUACUACGAAGCACUUGAAGAAAGUACAAGUAGUACUUUACUUACCAACAUGAUUUCGAUGAUCCUUUGUAUCAUCUCGGUUUUCAUUCGAAUUGGUAUUAAUUAGACUCGAUUUUUCGAUUAUAAUCGGGUAGGACAGGCUUCUCGCACUAGAAACAGUUAAGCGUUGGCGGUUUCAUAUUUCUUGCUGUCAAAGCGGGAAAACAUAAAACAAGUAUUGCUCGAACCUGAGAAACAAAAACUUGCGUGUUGAUGUCGUUGUUGCUCUGGUUAGAUCGCAGUUAUUCACAAAG